AUGUUUUCUCUAUCAAAACCCCUCUUCGCUCCGGUUCGCCCCACCCAGCCUCCGGUUCGCUGUGGGAUGCGCGAGCUCCGCCAACGAAUCCACUCCGUCCAAACCACGCAAAAAAUCACCGAAGCUAUGAAACUCGUCGCCGCCGCUAGGGUCCGCCGCGCCCAGGAGGCAGUCGUCAACGGCCGCCCCUUCUCCUCAAACCUAGCUGCAAUGCUGAACGACAUCACCCAGAGCCUCCAAAACGACGACAUUUCCACCCCUCUCACCGACGUCAGACCCAUAAAGACCGUCGCCCUCGUCGUCAUCACCGGCGACCGCGGCCUCUGCGGCGGUUUCAACAAAUGGGUAAUAAAAAAAGCCGUCACCCGAAUCGAGGAGCUGAAGAAACUCAAUCUGGGGUGCAUUGUUAUCAGUGUUGGCAAAAAGGGUAACUCGUUUUUCACACACAACAUCGAAAAGACACACCCUUUUGUUAAAGUCGACAGCUUCAUCGAAAUUGGUGGUUUUCCCACCGCGAAGGAGGCUCAGGUCAUUGCUGAUGAUGUUUUCUCAUUGUUUGUUAGUGAGGAGGUUGAUAAAGUUGAGCUUGUGUACACUAAGUUUGUUUCAUUGGUUAGGUUUGAGCCUGUGGUUCAGACUUUGUUGCCUUUGGGUGAGAUUUAUGAUGUGAAAGAUGAGGUUUUUAGGUUGAGUUCCAAGGAGGGAAAGUUGGCUGUGGAGAGGGAUGUUGUGAGGUUGAGGAAAGAGGGUGAGGUGUUUUUUCCUCUUAUGGAGUUUGAGCAGGAUCCUGUUCUGAUUCUUGAUGCCAUGUUGCCUCUUUAUUUAAAUAGUCAAAUUUUGGGGGCUUUGCAGGAGUCUGUGGCUAGUGAGCUUGCUGCUAGGAUGGGGGCCAUGGCUGCUGCCACCGACAAUGCGGUUGAAUUGAAGAAGCGGCUUUCGGUUGAAUACAACCAGGAGCGGCAAGCGAAGAUCACUGGGGAGUUGUUGGAGAUUGUGGCUGGAGCUGACGCACUAACACCAAUUGACUGA